AUGCGGCUGCAGGUUCGCCUCGCGCGCGCGCUGCGGCGCGUCACCUGUGGCCCGGGCGGCACCGAGGUGUUGUGCGAGGCGGGCGACCGCUCCCCGGAGGGGAAUCGCCUCAUACUGAUCGACCAGGGCGUCGUGGAGGCCUCCGUUCCCGGCGCCGGCGGCGCCCCGGUGGUCGUCGGGCAGUUCGGGCCCGGCGCCGUGCUCGGCGGCCUCCGCGCCCUCGGGCUCACCUCGUGCCACGUGCUGACCGUGCGGCACGCGCCCGCCGACGCCGGCGACGGCCUUGUCCUCUUCGAGGUGAGCGGCGCGGAGGUGGCGGAGAUGUGGGCUAGCUUCGGGCCGGAGCUGGAGGUGCUCCGUCGGCGCGUGCUGUCCGACACGCGCCGCGCGGUGAUGCCCUGCAUCGUCAGGACUAUACGUUCCGGGGAGUUCUUCCGGCGGUACGAUCUGGACCUGGUGAGACUUUGGGUCAAGCAGAUGGACCUGCGGAUCUUUCGGCCAGGCGACCUGAUCUUCAAGGAGAAGAGGCAGAGCGACGCGAUGGCUGUGCUCUUCAGCGGCACGAUGGACAUCUCCGUGCAGGGUACCCUGAUCGCUUCCUACAGCGCCUGCGGCACCACCGUCGGCGAG